CCAUGCCGGCCAAGCUGCACGUCUCUCUCCCCGAUCAUCCUCUCUCUCUCUUUCCCUUUCUUCUUCUCUUCUUCUUUUCUCGGAACGAUCUCAGCCUCUCCUCCAUGCCGGCCAAGGAACGGCGGGUUGCAACCUCCGGACACAACUAGCAGCCUUUUUCCCUUAAGCUGGUCUUCCGUCUUUGCGGCUCAAAUCACCGUCGCACUUGUAAGAGAGGGUGCCGGACAACUUGGUUUCAGUCUCUUCACACUGUGCCUCUGCGAAUCUCUGAAAGCUGCUCCAUUCAGGUUUUGCUCUACCAGUUAGUGACGAUGGCACUGAGGUUGGCUACCCGGAAGUUUGGUAGCAGAUUCUUCCCCAUGUUCUCUUCCUCUUCUCAACUGCAUUCACAUGCUACAAGUUUUGGUUUUAAAGAAGUAAGGGAAGAAGAAAAAAGUCAAAUGGUCAGCAAUGUCUUUAGUAAUGUUGCCUCAAAUUAUGAUCUUAUGAAUGAUUUGAUGAGUGGUGGAUUACAUAGAUUGUGGAAGGACAGAUUAGUCUGCAAACUGAAUCCUUUCCCUGGAAUGAAACAUCUUGAUGUGGCCGGUGGGACAGGGGAAUGUUGCUUCAGGAUCCUGGAAACUGUAAAAUAGUAUCAAAUAAGAGCACUCAAGAUCCUUUUGAAUGAUAAUAUUACAAGAGAAACUCAGAUAUAUGUAUUGACAUCAAUCCAAACAAUUGUUUAAACGUUUGGGCAAAAAGCGGCUAUAGAGAGAGGUAACGUCUUUGGAGAGGACAAAUCCCUUGUAUGGGUGGAGGGAGACCUAAGCCUGAGUUUUGAAGAUUGGUUAAUGGAGGUUACACAAUUAGCAUUUGGAAUUAGGAACGUUACACAUAUAGAGAAGUUCUUGCUGAAGCUUUAUAGGGUAUUGAAAAGAGGAGGAAGAUUCCUUUGCCUUGAAUUGAGUCAUGUGGAAGUUCCGAUUUUUAAAGACUUGUAUGACUAUUAUUCAUUUUCAAUCAUUCCAGCCGUAGGAGAGCUAGUUGCAGGUGACCGGGAAUCUUAUCAGUAUUUAGUGGAGAGCAUUCGUCGUUUUCCAAAUCAGGAAAAAUUUGCUUCAAUGAUAGCAGAUGCUGGGUUUCAGAAAGUUGAGUAUGAAAAUCUUGUUGGGGGAGUAGUAGCCAUUCAUUCUGGGUUGAAGUUUUGAGAGAGUUUAUGGAUUUUAUUUUAACUUUUUAUUUUCUUUUUUCAUAUUUUGAUUUGCAUGGUCUUAUCAAUUGAUCGUUUGUGUAUGAUUUUUUA